ACACUUGACCAACUGCGUCGAUGAAGGUCACUAAGCACUUAUGGUAUCAUAUCCAAUGUUGCUUGAAAGCAACUAGUCCCAUGGUAUGCCCGUCAGCGAAGUAUGGUACAAGGAUGUUGGAAAUUAAAGACGUUGAGUUGUGGGAAUUGAUACGAAAAGAAAAAACUAGACAACGAUCAUCACUCGAAUUAAUUGCUUCGGAAAACUUUGUAUCACAAAGUAUUCUUGAAUGUCUUGGCUCAUGUUUAACAAACAAAUAUUCAGAAGGAUACCCCUUUGCGAGAGAAGCAAAUAUUUUCACGAAACAAUUGGGUGGACUCCAGAUAUAUGGCAACUGGUUUCAUCUUCGGUGUCUACAUUAAAACAAAGAAGUUGAUCAUACUUAUUUGUAUUAUUGGUUUAGUGUAUAUUAAAAGCUGUUGAUGGAAAUACUCGUAAAUCGUUUAAUCAUGUUACUUAUGGUGGUAUUAAUAGUUUCAGCUGCACCCACAUCUUGAAAAUAAAAAGCUCUGACGUCAGAAUUUUAGCUAACUUUGGAACGGUUUGCUGACUAAUUGCAUUCCUAUUAUUGUAAAUAGCUUUUUAGUAUCAAACAUAACUGCCACCUAACUCUGAUUGUCUUGCUUUUUUUUCACCUCUGUCACGUGAAAACAUUAUCUGUAAUACUGUCAUUCGUAUUGGAGUUUUGAUUUCAAACUACAGGUAAACAUAAUGAGCUUGUGGGUAUUAAUUCCAGGGUCGGACAUGAUAGUUCCAAGUAAAUUUGUGACAUCUUAAUUGGUAGAAAGUUGCAUUUCUGACGUCUCUUGACUUAAUGUAAGUCAAUUUUUAUCUACUCUGAAGAAGUGACUAACAUUGAGUCACGAAACGUCAGAAAUACUAUUUUCUACUCAAUGGGAUACUAUAUAUAUAUAGACAGGUAAACAAUUCAUUUGGCAAAAUAAAAGUGCAAUGUAGAUACACAUAAUUGUUAUUAUGCUUCUGAAAACCUUAAUUUGCAGAUAUUAUGGAGGAAAUGAAGUUAUAGAUGCUAUUGAGACACUAGCGCAAUCCAGAUUAUUAGAUCUCUUCGGUCUCAGAACCCCUGGAGCAACACUUGGUGAUGCUGAGUGGGGUGUUAAUGUUCAGCCGUAUAGUGGGUCCCCAGCGAAUUUCGCUGUAUAUACCGGCCUACUUAAUCCUCAUGACAGGUUAAUGGGUCUUCAUUUACCUGAUGGUGGUCACCUUACACAUGGUUUCCAGACUUUGUCAAAAAAGAUUAGUGCCACAUCUAUUUUUUUCGAAUCUAUCCCCUACCGUCUAAAUAAGGAGACGGAACUGAUCGAUUAUGAUGCACUACAGCAAGAUGCUCUCAAUGUAUUCCCAAAACUUAUAAUUGCUGGAAUUACCGCCUAUCCACGAUUGCUGGAUUACAAGCGUUUUCGUCAAAUUUGUGAUUCAGUUGGAGCUGUAUUACUAGCUGAUAUGGCCCAUAUUUCAGGUCUAGUUGCUGCAAAAAUUAUCCCAUCACCAUUUGAAUAUGCGGAUGUUGUGAGUUCUACAACACAUAAAACUCUACGUGGACCGCGCUCUGGAGUCAUUUUUUAUCGCAAAAAAGAGAGAUCUAUGGAGAAACCUAAAGUAAACUGUUGCAUUCCUGUUGAUCAGUUGGAAACAAGAAUAAAUAAUGCAGUUUUCCCUGGCCUUCAGGGCGGACCACAUGAGAAUGCAAUAGCUGCUAUUGCUGCUAUGGCGUUUGAGGCAAGUAGACCUGAAUUUCAAGAUUAUGCUCGUCAGGUCUUAGCAAAUGCUCAAGCUUUGGCUAAUGCUCUUACAUCACUCGGUAUCCGCCUUGUGACAGGUGGCACUGAUGUCCAUUUCAUUCUUAUUGAUUUAUCUAACUCACCUAGUAAACCAAAAUUAGGUCGGGGCGAUGGAGCACGAGUUCAAAUGAUUGGUGAUCUUGUUGGUAUUGUUCUAAACAAAAAUACAGUUGUUGGUGAUUCUAGUGCACAGCAACCAUCUGGUUUGAGAAUUGGUACUCCAGCGCUAACUACUCGUGGGUUUAAAGAAAAAGAUUUUGAAAAAGUUGCUUCAUUUAUUGACGAAUUACUUGACCUGACAGUUGUGGUCAAGUCUGUCUCAAAAAAUCUUAAAUCUUUUCAACUUACCCUUCAAAAAGAUGAGCUCAUAAAAUCCAAGAUUGAGGAUUUACGUCAUCGUGUUGCUGAUUUCGCGUCUAGCUUCCCAAUUCCUGGAAUGGAAGAUAUUUGAGCAAAUCUAUGUACAGAUAAUAUCGAUUUUCAUCUGCUACUUCGUAUUCCAAAUAUUAGUUUAAUACUACUGCCCAAACUGUGAUUAGAUUUAUUUAUGUUCUGUGAACUUUUGUAUCACUUGUGGUGUGAUAAUUGUAAUUUUCUUAAGCUUUUUUAAAUUCCCAGUCUAAUGUUAUGACUAUGUUUUGUUUGUAUAAUCACCCAGAAAAUAAGUUGUUUAGUCAUAUUGCACUAUUUCACUACUUUGUGUUAUAGCUAACAUAACUGUGACAUCAGUAAGGGUGCUCAUAACUUCAUAGUAUGCCGUCGUUUAGUUUGACGACCUUAUAAAUUUUUACUCAUUCGGUUUGUUUGUUUUCGGGUUUCUUUUGCGAAAAUAGCAAUCAAGCUUAGUCAGAUAAGUACACCCUUCCAAGCCCCUUUGUAUUUUGAAGAGAAUCUAAUGUUACGAGACUCACUUUUAGUACUUAUUGCUUCGGAUAACCUUAGAUUAUUACCAGGUCUAUAAAAAUCACCUAAUUCUGAUACAUAGCUUCUGAACUGUAUAGAUGCCUUUGGACGUAUCGCCUUGUUUUCCUUUAUUUAAUCUAAGGGAUUUUGAAGAUGCUGAAAGCCAAGUCAAGCCCCAUUUGUGUUCUAUCGAAAUAUAAUGAUUUCACUGAUACAGUCGGAGUGAAUGGUCGUAAAUAUAGCGUCUUGUUUCCCAUUCAGAGAAAUCACUAUGUCAUAUUUACACUUUUUAUUCUUCCUUGUAUCACUCAUGUUAGCUCCUUAUUUAUCACAAAGGGGUUAUCACCUUUUUAUUUUCCUCUUAAAUUCAAUAAACAGCUUAUCGGUUUCCCUGUAUAGAAAUCUCAAGAAGAUAAACUGGAUUUAUUAUUCCGGACUACUGAAUAUUCUUAAUUGGGAAGCUUGCCUCUUAAGUAGUGGCUUGAACGCAGCUCUAGUGGUACUUUACAUUGAUUUCGAGUACUGCUUUGGUCAAAUUGUUCCAUGGUGCUUCUGUAAACCUAUACAUAAACAAAUCGAUAGGGACCAAGCUACGCUACCUCAGCCCACUGUUCCAUUAAUCUGGUGACUUUUUAGCUCUAGUAACAGUACACCAAGUUCAUGAAAAAUUCGCACCGAUGAGACCGAAAGUUUUACUAGAAAGGAAUGUUAUGCUCCAACUAGUGAUAAAAUCAGCUUAACUUACCGACUAUUAAAAAAACGACUAAAUCCCCUAAGAUAUCUAUCCCUUCAACUUUUUCUUGAUGAAGUAUAUUACAGAAAGUCGUUUCGAGGAACUUGAGUAUAUAUUUCUUCAUCCUUAUGCAGUGAACGGGGAAGACCAACCAAUCAGUUGUAUCGGACUUGAUUGUUCCUUCGUUUCCACACCAAUCACUCUUUGUUCUCGUUCUCUUAACCUUCUGCCUCUAUGUAUUCCACUUUCGACUGGUGAUACAUACCACUUGUGUCUGUCAACAUCAAUAACACACAACAUUUACACUGUUGACACUGUAGGUAUCAUAACCAAGGUUUGAUUUAAUAAAUUGAGCAUUGGGUUGGUUGUUAUAAAUAACAAUAAUAUAUUUGUAAUAUUCCAAUGAGUAGAAAAUUAGAUUUUCUGGCGUUCCGUGACUUAGUGUUAGUCACCUCUUGG